AUGGCUUCUGUUUCAGAGACCGUUCAAAAUGAUAGUGGAGUAUGGGAUACCAAAGUUCAACAAUUUCACGGUGGUCAAGACUGGAGAUUCUUGGACAACUUUGUCGAAGACUUUUCAGUUACUACAAAUGCCUUAGGUACACCUAAAGCCGCGUUAGAAGCAGCCAAAGAGGCAGUUAAUACUUGUCAUCAUUAUCCACCUGCAGACCAAGAACCCGCCAAAACUUCCCUGGCCCAAUUCAUCUGGCCUGAUGAUUAUUCCGUAAAUCAUGGUAGAUUACUUCUUGGUAAUGGUGCGAGUGAAUUGAUCGAUUUGGUCACAAGAUCUGCUCCUUUAGGCACAUGGAAACCUGGUCCGUGGGAUGUUCAAUACAAGGAAUAUGAAAGGUCGGCAGAAACUAAUGGAAGGACCAUUCUUCAACCUCAAGAUACCACACCUGCCAAUCUUACGUGUAUCGUUAAUCCUUGUAAUCCGACUGGUGAUUACAAAAACAUUAUAGAAUUAAAGCACUGGAUUGAUGAUAAUGUUGCGGAUGAUGAAUCAAUGCAACCUUGGUUAUCACCCGAUUUCCGAGCCGAUUCUCUUACUUCCCAAAAUGAAUUCAUUGCCAUGCUUUAUCAAACUAGACGAAUUUCAGUUUAUAUUAUACAUUCAUGGACAAAAAUCUGGUCGUGUACUGGUUUACGUUUAGGUUCCGUUGUAUGUCCUACUUUAGCACAUUGCGAAGUUUUAAAAAAACUUCAAGUACCUUGGAGUGUUAAUUCCCCUGCACUUGCAUUCUUAAAUGAAGUUGUCAAAGAUGCUGCAUAUAUGGAACAAACUUGGGAACUUACAUCAAAAUGGCGUGCUGAAAUCAUUGAAAGAUUAAAACCUCUGUCAGAUAGUAUCGCACAAGCAAUGAAUGAUGAAGAAUUUGCCUGGAAAUUUUACGGAAAAAGCUUUUUAUCAUGGAUUUGGAUUGAUACAAAAUCUAAAUCAAUAGCUGAUCAAGUGGUUUUUAGAGCCAGAGCUGCUGGUGUACCAGUUCGAAGUGGUUCUCCUGGCUAUAAUCGUCCAACUUAUAUUCGUGUAGCAGUUCGGGAACCUUCCAAAGUUGAUGUCUUUAUGGAUGCUUUGCGAGCAUUCGAAUUAGAAGAAGAAGAAUAA